AUGAAAAAUCUGGCAAGCUUGGUGUCCCUGGUGCUCUGUGUGUAUGGGCUGAAAGCAGAAUUGAUUGCCCAUUUACACCCUCCGGUUCCAGAGUUGGUUUCCAGUUCUUGCGUCUUUCCAUUUAUGUAUGGUGACGUAGUCCACUACAACUGUAUCUCCACCCACAGCGAUUAUGACUGGUGUUCUCUUGAUAGGAAAUUCCAAGGCAGGUGGAGGUACUGCACAGGGCAAGAUCCCCCCGUGUGUAUCUUCCCUUUCUCCUUCAGAAAUAAACUCUUUCGCAAAUGCACCAAGGAAGGCUAUAUUUUGAAUCGGAGUUGGUGUUCUUUGACAAACGAUUAUGACAAAGAUAGAAAAUGGAAGCAAUGCUCUCCUCACGAGUAA